UGAGAGUGAAGUGUAGCGUUUAUCUACCUCUCUAUAUAGUGUAAUUCCAGGGCUGGGUGUCAGGACAAAGAGACACAAGACAAAGACUCUCUGCCUCUCCUGCAUAUUUAUUCCUAAAAGUGAAAAUUGUCCACAGUUUUGGGCAACCUAACCAUUUUUAAGGACCGAUCAAGAAUACCAUCAGCAUUGCCACACUGCAGCCAAGAGCUUCCUCAAGAUUUACUUCUAUAAGGGAAAAGUUUCCACAACCUGGCACAACUCAACCAUUUCCAAGGAGAUCAUCCCACAAUGGAAAGUAAAGUCGAGAGUUUCCCAAAGGUCUCCACCUCUAUAAAAGAUACCGACGAGGCACUCCAGGGCUCCAAGGCACAGCUUAACGGCAGCUGCUCAGGGUCAUUAAUUGGCAACGACAGCAUGAACCACAUGGGCAGCAAGGUGCAGAGGAUCUCCUCGACAGAUGAUUCUGGGAUAGACAGUCCAACUGUAGCUGAUGGCAAGCUUUUGGAAGAGGUGGAGGCUUUAUCAUUGUCAGAUUCAGCUUUUGAACCCAAAAAGGCAUCAGUGGGGAAUUUAGAGAAUGCUGUGACUGGAAAUCGAGGAGCCAGCAAGAUCACCGAAGAUGAGUCUAUCCCAAUUACAUUUGAGGUGCGCCUGGCUUCAGCAGAGCAGUACUGGAGCUCAGCGCGGGAUAAGGCUGUGAAGCUGAGGAUGGCUGAAUCGGGCCCGGGCUCUGAGGCUCCGCUCACAAUCCAUCAGAUGUUUCAAGAUACAGUGAAUAAGUAUGGAGAUCACCCAGCGCUGCGAUGGAAGGAAAACGGAGCUUGGACCACGCUGACCUACAAACAAUACUAUCAACAUUGCCGAACUGCAGCAAAGAGCUUUCUCAAGUUGGGGUUGGAGCGUUUCCAUGGUGUUGGUAUUCUGGGCUUCAAUUCUCCAGAGUGGUUCAUCUCAAACGUUGCCUGCAUCAUGGCUGGAGGCCUCACCACUGGAAUCUACACCACCAACUCUGCAGAAGCAUGCCAGUACGUCGCCCAUAACUGUGAAGCCAAUGUGAUUGUUGUUGAGAACAACAAACAGCUUGUGAAAAUCCUUCAGGUUAAAGACCAGCUUCCACAUUUAAAGGCUAUUGUUCAAUACAAAGGUGAACUGGAGAGAAAGAUUCCAAAUUUGUACACGUGGGCUGACUUCAUGAAACUGGGUACAGAUAUUGCAGAUGAUCAGCUGGACGACCUGAUUAACAGCCAAAAUGCUAACGAGUGCUGCUCACUCAUCUACACCUCAGGAACCACAGGAAACCCUAAAGGAGUCAUGCUCAGCCAUGACAAUAUCACAUGGAUCGCAAAUGCCUCUGGCAUGAUGAUCGGCACCAAAAUGAAGGAGGAGUCAUUAGUGAGCUACCUGCCCCUUAGCCAUGUGGCGGCGCAGGUCAAUGACCUGUGGGUUAGUAUGAAGUUUGCUGGCACCACCCACUUUGCGGAACCAGAUGCAUUGAAGGGUUCUUUAGCAAACACUCUGAGAGAUGUGCGUCCUACGUCCUUUUUGGGAGUUCCACGCGUUUGGGAAAAGAUGCAGGAAGCGAUGCAAUCCAUUGGCGCAAAGAAUUCCGCCAUGAAGAAGAGAAUAGCUGAUUGGGCGAAGGGGAUUGGACUACAGACCAAUUACAACUUGAUGAAUGGUGAUACAUCUGUACCCUGGGGUUUCAUGCUGGCCAAUAAUCUGAUCUUCAAGAGAGUGCGAGCUGCCCUCGGGCUGGACCGCUGUAGAACCUGCUUCACGGGGGCUGCACCCAUCACCAAAGAGACCCUGGAAUACUUCAUGAGCCUCAACAUUCAACUGUAUGAGCUGUAUGGCAUGAGCGAGAGCACAGGACCACACACGUUAUCCUGGGAAAACAACUUCCGUAUUAUGAGCUGUGGUAAAGUGAUACGAGGCUGCAAAACCAAGCUGGACAAGCCAGAUGAGGACGGCAAUGGGGAAGUGUGCUUCUGGGGCCGACACGUCUUCAUGGGCUACCUCAACAUGCCUGAAAAGACCGAUGAGGCACUGGACACGGAAGGCUGGUUGCACUCAGGAGAUCUGGGAAAGCUUGACCAAAAUGACUUCAUGUACAUCACGGGAAGAAUAAAAGAGCUGAUCAUCACUGCUGGAGGAGAGAAUGUCCCACCGGUCCCAAUUGAAGACGCACUCAAGGAGGAAGUUUCCAUCAUUAGCAAUGCCAUGUUAGUGGGAGAUAAAAAGAAAUUCCUGGCCAUGCUUCUCACUCUGAAGUGUAAGGUUGAUGACAACGGUGAUCCCACGGAUGAGCUGACUCCACUGGCAUUAGAGUACUGCCAGCAGCGCGGAGUCACCGCAACCAAAGUCUCUGAGAUCAUCAACAACAAAGAGCCAGCCAUUUACAAAGCUAUCCAGGAGGGUGUAAACAUUAUUAAUGAAAAAGCCACGUCCAACGCUCAGAGGGUCCAGAAGUGGACCCUUCUCCCACGAGACUUCUCUAUAUCUGGAGGGGAGCUUGGACCUACUAUGAAGCUCAAGAGGCCUGUUGUGUCAAAAAUGUACAAAGAUGACAUCGACAAGUUUUAUGAGUAAUGCAUGACAAUCUUCGACUUGGACUCAAAUUUAAGAAUGUUAAACUGGACCAAAACACCUCGGUCCAUUUACCUUUAUAUUGCUUAAAAUAUAUUGACUUUUACUCACUCCACCUCACAAACAGCUAACAGGAACUGUUAUAAACUGACACUCUGUGUAUAUAGCACCUUCCGAUUAUGACUGCACUAUUUGUACAUAAUGGGCUCAAAUCAUAGCUAAAACUAGCACCCUCAACUUUGUACAACUGUGAUAACUCUACUGUAUCUGUGGUGAAUUAUGUUUGCUAAUUUAACUACUGGGUGUUUAAAUUUUUUAUGCCUUAUGACUAUAUGUCUGUCACUAUUGCCUGGUACCUGACUUGGUAAAUAAUUUACAAUAAGCAAUAAACAUGUAAAUCUAGUUCACACAAAAAAUUAUGUAGUGGUAAUCUAACGUGUUAUUUAGCAUCAUGUACAUUAACUGUGUUAAUUUUCCUAUAAUGAGUUUACUGAUAGCAAUUCUGGGUGAAUAAUUGCAGGUAAAGCAGAUCUACGCACAAGUUUAAGAGUAUUUUAAAGUUGUCAGGAGAUUUGUGUGAAAGUUGAAGUGUAUCAGUGUCACAGGAAGAAAAAGGCCUCAGGGGGAACUACUUUUCUCUGGCCGUAGCCAGCAUGCAGUGCAUUGCAUUAGUCUGUAUGCAAUUAGAGCAAUAUUAUAAUUUCACCUUUGCACAAAUCUCUUCCAUUAUAUGAAGAAUUUAAAUAUUUACUGAUAUUGAUAUCUCACAAUGCAAUGUUUAAAAUCGCCUUCAAAUAAAUUCAACAAUUUCUUAUA